CCGUCAUUUCAAAUUCAAGGUUGUCCCACCACUUUAGGACACCCAAGUCAUUCUCUCAAAGUUGGAGGCUAUUUUGGUGCUUUUGAAGGCGCUGUUGCUCUCACUGUACUAACUGCGAUUUCCGUUCAAGAAUGGCUUGCGGAGUUGGCAAUCUCCUUCUCCGUCUGGCUAACCGAUUCUCAUAGCCCGUUCCUUACUCUCUGUUCUUCUCUUGGGCAGUUAAGUUGCUCCCACCCCUCCUCAUCCGUUCUCUUUUUCUCUCUAAAGUUGGAAGAAUUUUCCACCUUCCCCCCGUCAUCUUCAUUCAUUUAUUGCUAGCUCACAUUCAUUUACUCAUUACAUAUUAGCAAAGUUCUGUGCUUCAGCUUCUGUGUGUGAGGGAGAGGGGGAGAAUAUGCCGCUAGUAAGGGUGCAGGUUCGGAAUGAGUACGGCCUGGGGCGGCCCGAGCUGUACAAAAGGACCAGCAGGGAAGAUCCAAAGGCUGUGCUGGAUGGUGUCGUUGUGGCUGGCCUUGUGGGGAUCCUGAGGCAACUGGGUGAUCUUGCUGACUUUGCAGCGGAGGUUUUUCAUGGCCUGCAGGAGCAAGUAGUUACCACAGCUUCUCGGAGCCAUAAAUUGAUGCUUCGUGCUCAAAAUAUUGAAGCUGCUCUUCCUCCACUGGAAAAGGCCAUAUUGACACAAACAAGCCACAUACAUUUUGCUUACACAGCCGGUUGUGAAUGGCACAGUCGUGCAAAACCUGAACAAAAUCAUUUCAUUUACAAUGACUUGCCACAAUUUAUUGUGGAUUCAUAUGAAGAAUGCCGGGAUCCUCCACAACUGCACUUGCUUGAUAAAUUCGAUACUGGUGGCCCAGGAUCUUGUUUAAGAAGAUAUUCAGAUCCAACUUUCUUCAAGAGAGCACCAGCAGAUUCAGAUGAAGCACGCAGCGAGAAAACUGAAAGAUCUAGGAAAACUAGUAGAAGCAAGAAGAAAAGGCCAUCACGAAGAAAUGGAGAAACUCUGCAGGGUGAACAAAUGCAUAGCAAACGUGGCAGGCAAACUUCUUCCUCACAAACAACUGACGUGGUGCUGGAAUCAGAUCUGGAGGAUCAUUCUUAUUCUGUUGAUCCAGGAGCUGAUGUUGGACAGAGGAAAAGUUUAUUGCAAAGAAAUGGAGAAACUCCGCAGGGUGAACAAAUGCAUAGCAGUGACAGCAGAAUGCAAUUUGCUUUGAAUGUCAACAGGCGAACUUCUUCCUCACAAACAACUGAUGUGGUGCUGGAACCAGAUCCGGAGGAUCAUUCCUUUUCUAUUGAUCCAAGAGCUGAUGUUGGACAGAGGAAAAGUUUAUUGCGAAGAAAUGGAGAAACUCCGCAGGGUGAACAAAUGCAUAGCAGUGACAGCAGAAUGCAAUUUGCUUCGAAUGUCAACAGGCGAACUUCUUCCUCACAAACAACUGAUGUGGUGCUGGAACCAGAUCUGGAGGAUCAUUCCUUUUCUAUUGAUCCAAGAGCUGAUGUUGGACAGAGGAAAAGUUUAUUGCGAAGAAAUGGACAAACCCUGCAGGAUGAACAAAUGCAUAGCAAUGACAGCAGAGUGCAGUUUCCUUCACAUGUUGACGGGCAAGCUUCUUCCUCGCAAACAGCUGACAUGGAGCUGGAAUCAGAUCCGGAGGAUCAUUCUUAUUCUGUUGAUUCAAGGGCUGAUGCUGGCUACAUUGAAUGUGGUUUUCAGCGAUGUAAUUCUGUGCAAUUUGAUGAGCAGGAAUGCAAGGAAUCACCCUCUUCUAUGUUGACACAGAAAACUGAUGCUUUUCAGUCUCCAUCUUCUACUAUAGAUUAUAGUUUUUCCCAAGGUUCAUUCGACAAGCAAAUUGCCUCUACUUCUGCUGGUCUUACAUGGGAUGAAAAGGAAGAGAUAGUGGGUUCUGAAAGUCAGUGGUACGAUAGAGAUGAAAUUCCAGAGGUCCUUGAUGAAAUACAGGACCUACAUAUGCAUGAAGAUAAACCUGUUGCCGCAGAAAAUAGUGAUCAAAGUGUUUCCUUAUAUGGAGAGGAAAGAAACCUAAAACCACUCUCCAGCAGGGUCCAAACAGAUGAAACUGAUAGCGAACCUGAUAAUUACUUGGAUGCUCUUAACACCAUCGAAUCGGAAUCUGAAAAUGAUCUUGAUUGCGAAACAAAACAAGAGGCAGAGGAGUUCAUGUCUCAUCUGUCUUCUGAGGUCAUGGAAAAUGAAGUGGGAGCUGUUUCUACUGUGCUAGACCAUGAUUUUUACAAUGUCUUUGCUCAUACUAUGUCCAAUGUUUCAUUGAACAAAGAAAGAGGUUUUGAUUUCCCUGAAACCCUGCAAGAAAUUCCUCCUCACAUAUCAGAGAGACAUUUAAGUAGUUUAAGAGAUCCAGUUCAAUCAGAUUUUCCUGAAAGGACUAAGAUUUUACUUGCUCCUUGUGACUCUGGGAGCCCCAUCCAUGAACCAGUUCCUGACACAUGUGGAAAUGCUGUUUUGGACUGCUCUGCGGGCCCAAAUCCUUUGGAUGCUACCUGUUCUCUUGAUGACCCAGUGUCAACAUCCACUGAAACUGUUCCAUCAAAUGCUCCUGUAAGCCUAGAAAGUAAAAUGACUUUAGUUGAUUCUCAUGUCUCUCCCACCCAUGAACAGGAGCCUGAGCAACCUGCAAAUUAUGUUUUGGACUGCUCCGCAGGCCCCAAUUUCUUAGAUGAUGUUCAUAUUCUCGAUGAUGCAGUGUCAGUGUCCAUUGAGCCUGUUCAAUCAAAUGUUAUCGUUAACAGAGAGAGGACUGAGAGUUUAAGUGAUGCCUCUGAGUAUCCUAUCGGUGAAGAGGUGCCUCAUAUCUGUGGAAAUUCUGUUUUUGACGAUGCUCAUAAUGACUCACUGUCAGCAUCCAGUGAGAAUGUUCAACCAGAUGGUUUUGUUAAUUCAGAAACGAUCAAGAAUUCAGCUGAUUCUCUUGCCCCUCAAGGUACCAUCUAUGAACAGGUAUCUCACGUAUGCAGAAACUCUGUUUUAGAUUGCUCUGUAGGCACCAAUCCCUUGGGGGAUUACCCCACACUUAAUGAUUCUGUAUCAGCAUCCGUUGAAAUUGAUCCAUCAGGUGAUCCUGUUAACUUUGAAAGGACCAUGAAUUUAGCUGACUCUCAUGGUUCUGUGAGUACCAUCCAUGAACAGUUGCCUCACAUUGAGGGAAAUUCUGUUUCGAACCACUUGGGAGGCACCAAUCCCUUGGGAGAUGAUCAUACUCGUCAUGAUAUAGUGUCAGCAUCCAUUGAAACUCAUAUAUCAUCUGGUUCUAAAAAUUCUGAUUUACCAGACAAAGAAGCAGAUAGCGUUGACAGUAAUGUUUACAAAAGUAAAGAGACUCCUUCAGAGCCUGCUAGUGAUCCUUCAAUUGGGUUAUGGACUAAUGGUGGAUUAUUGGGACUUGAGCCAUCAAAACCACCUGAUUUUAUCACGCCGAGUUCUGUAAAUCAUGGGCUCAUGACUUCAACAAAUGAUACAGAUGGUGUUUCGAGUCAUAAUUCAAUGUCAAAGAGCGAUGAAUAUAGAGAGGAAGAAGAUUUGUCAAAGGUUGCUGAACUAAAUCAAAAAAAGGAACCAAGUUCUAGAUGCUUAGUAUCACAGUGUGAUGAUCAAGCUUCUUGUGUCUCUGGAAAGACAUCUAACUGUCAUUGGCAGAGCUGUAGACAUGGUCAAGAUAAUGAAGAUUUUGAUAAAAACAGGAUAUCCACCCAUGGAACCGCUGUCCCAGUUACCCACACAGGUUGUACUGAACCUAUUAAGGGAAGUGGGCUAAAUUCACCUCUGCUGUUUGGGCUUGGUCAUAAAUUACUUAUAAAUAGCUUUUAUCGGAACGUUUCAUUUGAUGAAAAAUCUGGACCUGAUAAUUCUGUGAAAACUGGCUUAUUGGAGCAGAGUGGACAAAAUAGCACUGUACAGCAGUCACUUCCUGAGACAACCUUCAAAGAGAAAGUUAGUUAUGAUUAUCCUAUCUGUUCACCACCUCCUUCUCCUCCACUUGAACAUAUGAAAAUAUCCUUCUGUCCUGUUGAUGGGUUUGAGACCUUCAAACUAAAACUGAAAUUUCCUGAUGCGAGUAAUCAUGGCGAGAGUACAAGGGACACGUUUCCUUCAUUCCGGUUAGUCCCAGAGCAUUCCAUUUUUGUGCAUGAGUCGGGCUUCAAUUCAGAUGAUGACGAUACUUUUUGUAGAUCAACUCCUUUUGUGUCAGAUGAUUGUCUUAGUCCUCACUCUGACUAUAAUUCCGAUCAGUGGGAGUCUGAUGAUACUCCUGAUAUCAGUGGCGAUGGGGUAUAUGAUUCAUCUCACAGAGUAUCAUUAAUUGAAUCGAAGUCAAGUUCCCGAGAAGUCAGAGGAGUGACCAAUGUUGAUAUCAAUUUGGAAAGUGAACAUAUGCUUACUCAGGAUAGUGCAGAACCUUCUUUAUCUGGGCAUUUACUUGAUUUUCCUAGCUUUGAUACGAUGGACCCCGUUCCUGGAAAAGAAUGUAACAAGCAUUCUGAUGGCGAUAAUAAUCUCAAAUUGCAAGGUCAUUCUGAGUCUAUACCACUGGCACCGCCUCUUCCUCCAAAUCAGCGGUCGGACAUGAUGAAUGAAAAACAAAAUUGCAUGUCAAAAGAUUCUGAACAAACUAAUGAUCCAAAUAAUUCAGAAUCUACAUUGCAAGUCAGGCCUACCCUGGUGGAGCAAAAUCCAACUGAUCAUGAGGAUCGUGAGUUUAAUGACAAUAUUCCGUGUAAACUGAGGAACAAGUCCUCCAAUCAAAAGCAUGCAGCAACAGAAAGGCCAAAUGAUAUCACAAGUCCCUUUACAACCGACAAAGUUGCUGCAAUUUUAAAAAAAGCAAAUGCCAUCCGCCAGGUUAUUUCAAGUGAUGACGGUGAGGAUGAUGAUAGCUGGAGUGAGUCUUGAUGUGUUUGAUAGUAACAACAGUUGAUCUGCAAGAAAGAGUCGUCCUUGCCUUCUAACCAGAAGUUUGCGUGAGGCCUUGUACUGAAUGUAAGUAUGUGUGGAUAAAUCUUGUUUAUCUGUAACUAGUUGUAGUGAAGCUGCUAGUUUUAUAUAGUUUUACGCCCAUUUGUAUUGAUUCCUUCAUUAGUUGAUUUUACUUUGGAGGUUUUGAAAUCAGGUUAAGUCAAUGUAUUCUUAGGUUGUUACUGUCCGAGGCAACUAUUUGUACACAGAAUGCAAGAAAAUAUGAUAAUUUUGAGUCAUGAAUCUCAUUUGAAAUCAUUAUUAGCUUUUUCAAUUUUGGGACAGCCA